UCAAACAAGUUGUGUUGACAGUUAGCCCAGCUAGCCUGGUGCUAGCUGGUUUUGCGUCAAGAUCGAGUGUUGGUAAUUCCCUCACCGACUCCCAUGGUUUUCCACGUCUGCUGGCUAUCUUUCACUCAUGCAGUGUCAAGUAUCAGUGUGAGAAAUGCAGGAUAGGUAUAGCGAGAUAGGCUUUGUCCAGCAAAUACUCGGUUUGAAUUUAGUGCCGAGAAAAAAUGGCAUGCACCAAGGCAACGACACAUCUCUCAGUGACUUCACAGAGAUGUGGUAUGGAGUGUUUCUGUGGGCAGCCGUCUCUUCUCUGGUCUUCCAUCUGCCUGCAGCUCUGCUCUCCCUCGCCACACUGCGUCAGCACAAGAUGGCCAGAUUCAUGCCCAUCGCCAUCCUCCUCAUGGGCAUUAUGGGACCAAUUUGUGGGGGAGUCCUCACCAGUGCAGCCAUAGCAGGUGUGUACAAGGCGGCAGGGAAGAGGAUGAUCUCUUUGGAGGCUCUUGUUUUUGGGGUUGGACAGUCAUUUUGUGUCCUCAUCAUCUCCUUCCUCAGGAUACUUGCCACCCUUUAGCAGCGCUUAGGCUGGUCUGGCUUGACCUGAUGCUGCCAGGUCAGUCACACGUCUUCUGUCCGGACCUGAGUUUAACAUUGUACAAGGUCUUGGCAUAAUCUGGGCCACAUGUAAACAAGCCAGGCCUGGAACAUGAUGUCAUUUCCUACUGAUAGACCACGACCAGAGCGGAUUUUAUUCCACCAUGAAAGAAUAAGCGGUGUGUAAACUGAAGGUGUGUGUUAUACAGCACUAAGCCUCCUGGCUAGCUGUUGAGCCAUCUGUAUGAUGUCCACUGUAGGACAGCACAAUACUGCAUUCACAUCACAGGGAAGCCACACACUACAUAACAGUAUAAGCUGUUUAUUUAGAAAAUCUUAAAUAAUCAUUACAUAAUUAAUCAUUAAGUUUGCAGUAAUUCCUGUAUGAUGUGAAGGCAACACAAUGCUGUUCUCCCCUGUCACUGGGGGUUACACGUUAGCAUCAGGAUGACACUAACCUCUCUCAGGGGCUGUGUGUGUGUGUGUGUGUGUGUGUGUGUGUGUGUGUGUGUGUGUGUGUGUGUGUGUGUGUGUGUGUGUGUGUGUGUGUGUGUGUCACCUUCAGUCUGAUAGUUUGACUCCAUGCAGUGACUGCAGAGAGACAGAAUAAAGCUCUGUUGAGACAGGAACAUGAUGGUUAUAUGCAAGAUUCUGGUUUCCCUUGAGGCCUUAAUUUCUAUUUUCUAACUUCCAAAGUGGUGUUUAUCUUCAGGGCUGUCUUUCUUUAACGCUCUCUCUCACUCCUGCUGCCCUUUUUGUUCUUCUUCAUAUUUUUUGUUCAAAAUCAAUUCAAGCCUGACUGCCUGUGUGUAACUGUUAAUUCUGAAUUGGCAACUACAGCCUGUCUCCCUCUAGCUUUCUCAGCUAACGUCUUUUAGACAGGCAUACAAGUGAAGAGGGUUUUUCAGAUCUCAGCUGUAAUGGGAUAUGAUGUUUAGGUUGCAUUUUCAGGACUGUGAUCAGGACUAGAAAAUGUCCUCACAGUUCACACACAUCUUGUUUGUUGAUCAGAGGUUUGAACACGGGGCACCAGGAUGGUCAGAUUUUUUUUAACAAACCCAAAAAUGAGAAGAGAUUUUGAUCUUUUCUGUUUGAAUGAUCAUAUAUUUUACAGGUGUGUUAUUUUGUGACAGUGAGAUUUGUAUAUAAUUUAAAUUAUUUCCAGGUCUUUGUAGCUUUUCGAUCUUUAUGACCAAAUAUGACUUGCUCUUUUAUUUUUCUGCACUAAAUGUGAAUACGAUGUUUCAGCAAUGGUUCAGCAGAAUUGUAAUUCCUUGUAGUUUUUAUUGGCUCAUUAAAUUCCCACAGUCCUCAGUGGUUGCUUUUAUUUGCUUCUGGUAGCUGACAGGUGCUUUUCAAUUAGCAUCAUAUAUGCAUUUACAACUUGCAUAUACAGAUAGGUAAACUCUACAUGUAAUACCUUAAGUUUUUGUUUAGAAAAUGGAGCUUGAAAGUGAUGCUGUUUGCUGUCUCUGUAUUAGCAACUGUUUAGUCAUGAUUGAAAACUAGCUUCCAACACCACUACCAGAAAUGUAUGUAUUGUUUUCCAGGUCUGACAGGUGUUACUUUUCAUGGUUUUGAUUUGAUUUGAUUCAGUUUUGAUUUGAUGUUUGAAUCUUGAUGAAAACACUGAACAUAUAUGCAGUUAAUCCAUUGAACAGACAUGAACUGCCCUGCAGUGAACCUGGAGCUUUUGAGGGUCUGGGACAGUUUCAGCUUUACCCAGUCAGGAAUCUGUUUUUGACCAUGAAUGGGGACAGAAGCAAGACACAUGGCAAAUAUAUUUCUUUUCAAGGUUAUUGUAAUUCUGGUGCAGAUUGUUUUGCUCAUGACAUUCCAAUCAGAAAUGUUUUCCUUCAUUUCCCUGAUCAUGCCAUAAUGAUCCCAGACACCUCCACUACUUCACUGCAGCCACACUGACUGCACUGAACUCUCAACAUCACCUCUAGCAUCAUCACUGAAACCAGUUACCUUAAAGCUAGUGGGCUAGUUUUUAUGUUAACUAUUAUUAGAUACACUUUUAACUCAUGUAAUAGUUAAGACAGAAUAAACAGCAAAUUUCAUCAUUGUCCCCUCAAAGAAGUUCUUUAACCUCCCCCCCAGACCAAAGAUGGCUCGAACUCUUCAUGUACACCCUGUAUUUCAUCAGCAACACUUCAGUCUAGUAGUUCUGUUACAUCUGAAAGCAUAGUCAUAGUGCAUGUAAAUAUACAGCAAAAUUGAAUUGAAGCUAGAAUGUAGAGUUUUAGGCUUAAGUUCUGGGAAGUAAAACAUAUAAAACCAGGAAAGGCUGAUGAGAAAAUGAUUUUGAAGUCAACACGCUCAGACAAGACUACAGAGGUUCAGUAUCAUUGGGACCAACAAUGGGACAGGAAUUGUAUGUGAAGUGCCCACAAUGACAGUUACCAGAAGAGACUUUUUUGCUUUUGUCUUCUUAUAAACUAAUUUUAAUGGUUGGUCUUCAAAUUUUGGAGCCCACAGAUGAGAAAUUCCCUGCCACACCAAACCAUCCAUUUCUCAGAAUGUUAUAAUAUCAGUGAAAUUGUUUUUUCUUGUCAACUGUGGACAGCUCAGUGUGUUCAUCACACUGUGCAUCUGUUGGGAAGUGCACAGUCAUUUGAGGGGAGAUAAAUGAAAGUAUACAUUUCUGUUCCUACAGAGACCUUGGUGUUAGAGUAGAAAAUCAGAGCACUGAUGCAGAAACAAAUGAGCCUUGUUUGAAAUGAAGUCUUGUUAACCCCUUGGCCUUGCUGUUAUGUUAUACAUUUUGGAGAAUGUUUUUUUUAUGGUUGUGUAAUUUAGCUCUUUGAGCAUGUGUUUGCUCUCUGGUUCUAUUACAGCAGCACACACUGGGAGUGUUAACACCUUGACAUUAAUAAUUUUAGUCUGGAUAGUUUCUGUUCUGUUUGAAUCUGGUAGCCUGUGUGCUAAUUGAGAGCUUUAGACAAAAACCACCAACAUCUAUCAGCAAUCUUCUUGUCUGACCUCACACACCAUAAACAUGUAUUUCCCAUGUUGUCUUCUUGUUGAGAGAAGAAAAUCAUAGGUCAAAGUCACUAAAUUACCUUUGACAUGGAUUGAAUGGUCUCAGGGCAAACCAAGUUCAGCAUCGUCCUUAACAUCAGACUCCCAGAUCGGGUUGAAGUUCAUGUUGUUGGAGCUACUUAAAGCAGGAGGAUAAAACAGGCAUGAAAAUGUGAAUUCACAAAAAUGUUAAGCCAGAACACUAAAAGAAGAUUAACACUACUAAAAGUAGCUGCACAAAACUCCUCUGCUCACUUAGUGUAUACGCCUGUAAGACUAUUUCCACAAGGUAAAAGAGAGGAGGAAGAAAUGAAUGAAAAGUUUGGAAUGCUUAGAAAAAAUACUCAUGCGAUGUCCGACAAGUCAAAAAUUGACUAAGUCGGAAUUGUGAGAUUUACUGUGUUAGUCAUCAGCAACUACACUCAGUUGCCAGUUUAUUGGGAUUAUCCAGUUAAAGCCUUGAAUUAAGUCCUGCCUUCAUAGAGAAUAUAAUGUUUAGUUUGUGCUGAAACUGCUCAUGAAGUUGAAACCCCACCUCUCAAAAACAGUCUCAAUACAAACUCAACAUUCUGCACCUUCAUGAAGGAAGGUUUAUUGACUUUAUUUGACUCUUUUUAUCUCAAAAUUUGGAUUUACCAUGAGAAUUUUUAUUUUGGUCAAUCUAUAAAUUUUCCUGGCAGAAAUGGGCUUUGAUACAGGCCAGUUGUCCAGUACAGGUUUGUUUGGAAAAGAUACAACUUCCUGUCGAGAACUCCCUGAUUGCUGGGAUGUUGUUCUAUCUUUUUGUAACAGGAGGUGAUGUGCACAGAAAACUGGAACAAGCCAUCUGAUUUCACUAUAGACAUGCUGGAUCUGUUAAUGUAAGACAACCACACUGUCAGAGGUACCAGACAAAGUCAGUGACUAAAUGAAUUCAACUACAAAUGUCAAGAUAAUGUGUGCUGUGAGUGUCUGCUGUAAUAGAACCAUUUAUUUCCACGGUCCACAGUCCUGGACCAAUUUUGCUCCAUUUUUACCAGAUUCAAAAGGUUUUAAAGUUGAUUUUACAAGAGUAAAUUAAGUGCCAUUGGUAAAUAUUUUCAUGAAAUAAAAAUGUUUCAACUAUAA